ACGCUGCGGGGUGGAAGGACUUGGGGUGACGUUUGCGGGGCUGCAGCGCUGGGUGUGGGGGCGAUGGAGCUGGUCCCCGGGCAUUGCCGCGGCAGCGUUCAUAUCAUUGCGGCUCUGCGGGAUCCAGGCAGUCUCAGCAGAGGCUGGAGCAGUGCUGCCGGGUGCCUGGGGGCUGCAGACAUGGGUGAGUCAACUGAGGAGAGCGCUGCCCCACCGGGUGCCCCUGCCCGAGGGCAACGCAGGUGUCGAGAUGAGGCCCCUUGCCCCAGGAACUGUCAGAGCCAGACGUGAAAGAGCCACGGGGCCGGCGCCCUCCUGCCCCAGGACGAGGUGUCCUCGGGGGAUGCAGCCCAAGGGGGUGGGAUUUGCCCCAGCCCCCCCAGCAAUGGGACGAGGAAGGGCAGUGGUGCCCGAUUCUCCAGGUCGUGACGAGCCAGGAGUGGGCACCUGGCCAGUGCCUUUCUCUCGGGGGUGGUUUGUUCCUGUGUAAAGCCCGGAGCGAGGAAACGGAGCCGUGCCUGGCUGAGCGGCCUCACCGAAGGCACCUGGACGUGGGGUUUCACCUCUUUUCAACCAGCACAGGAUUGAAGCACAAACCCGGAUCGCUCCCAAUGCCUGAGGAUUCGUUCUGUUGUUGAAAUCACAGUCCAGGGGCACAAGUAUUUUGGGCAAUUUCAAAUUGCCAUCUUCUUUCUUUUAGUGAUCGACACACACUGUGUGGAGAGCGAGGGGAGACCCGGGGUCGGGGAGGACUUCACCCUUUGCUCUCUCACCCAGCAGGGAGCAGGUAAGGAUGAGGUCCUUCGGCAGUGCCGCCGGAGGCUGCGGCAGCGGGAGAUCUGGGAGGGGAGCGAGGGGCUCUUCUGCCUCCAGGCUUGUGGCUGCGUUCGGAGAGAAGUGCAGAACGGAGACGGAGCCGACAAGACCUGCCUUGGGAGCGAGGGGCUGCGUAAUGCUCCCUGCCAGCGCUGUGUGUAGGAGGCAGGAGCCGGGCGGGCUCUGGGGCCAUCUCCUGCCCAGGCCGUGGUAAGAAAUGUUUGCGCUCUAACCUUGUGUGUCUUUUAUCGCCUCUUCAGGCCAGCUUUUCCUGCACGGGUGUUGCAGGGCUUCAAAACCGGGCCCGGGCCCGGGUUGCUGUCCCUGCCAGGAUGGCUGGAGUGCGGUGCACAGCCAGUGUGGAUUAAAACACGGGUUCCUCUUACAUUAGAUCUAGCGGCACGGUUUUUGUUGGUGCUUCAGCCCCAAGCCAGGCACAUGGAGCCAGAGGUCAGGGUCCGGAGCAGGGAGCUGUGUCCAAACCAGCUUCCUGCCGGUGAUUGCCCCUGAGCCCAGGGCUUCCCUGCCCAUGAUCCCAAGUCAUCAGGAGGCUGGCGGCAUGGGGGCAUCCCCGGGGACACCGGCCUGUCUCCUGAAGAGCAGGAGGUUCGGGGGCAGACGGGUGCACAGGGAUGCCUUGAAGCCCAGCUGAUGACUGCUCCUGCUCAGUGCCAGGAUGGACAGGCUGAGGCGGGUGCUGAGCAGGAGGACCGCCAAGGUGGGCUUCGUGCCAGCAGAUCACAGCAGGGGGCCUGGGCAGGAAAAUCUGGGCCCCCCCAGCCAUGAAGAGGAGGGGCCCAUCAAGGCGAGGACGUGGCUGUGCCCCGUGUGCUGGUGUAAGAAAGCAGCAUGUGCCAGCACCAAAGAAGAGCAUUUGCAGCAGCCCACCACCUCCAGGUGCAAGUGGAGGUGGCCCUGGGUGCACCUGGGCAGGCGGGAGCCCGGAGGAGAGGAGCGCCGGGCACAAGAGCCGUGCAGCCUCCUGCCUGGGGCAUGGAGCAGCCUGGAGCCCGGCCCUGCAGUCCCCCGGCAGGAGGCAGCCCCCUGCAGAGACGUGGAGGAGGGCCCAGCCUCCCUGGGGCAGGAGCGAAGCCCGUCCUGCACCAGCCCCAACCCUAGCCUGAGCUGCAGCUCCUCCUUCGCGGACUUGCACGGCUCUCUGGGGUCCGCGAGCCCCCCAGCCCCUGGCGCCAGCCGCACCGCGAGUCCCAGUCCGGCCACAGAGAAGAUGCAGGACGAGGAAAACCAGGAGAGGGAAGAUGAGGGGACCCCGGAGGAAGCUGCGCUCAGUGUCACCCAGCGCCUCCAGGACCGCGGGAAGGAGCUGAUGGAGGAUGUCUCCAGGGAGGAAGAUCUAGCAAAUGCCACCCCAGACAUCAUAGCUGCCUUCUGGUGCCUCAGUGCCCUGGAGAUGUGCCUGGACCCCUUCCUGCAGUCGUGCCUCCUCCGAGCUGCAGCUUGCAAAACUUUCGGGGCCGUAGAGCACGACAACAUCAGCAACCUGAGGAUGCACAUGGGCAACCUGGAGGGCCUGCUGUGGUGCCUGCUGUCCAGCGUCCCCAGUCUGGACAGGCUGAAUUUCUUGUGGGAGCAAUUCACCUUCUGGAUGGAGGCGGUAGCUGCCCAGCACCGAGCCCUGGGCAUGAGGGCAAGCCCCACCCUCAUGUCCUUUGCUGCCCUCCUGCUCCCACAAUUUGAGGUCAGUGAGCCCCGACCCCACUGAUGUGCCUGAGGUGGGGGACAUGGCAGUGCGCCUGGAGCUGUCCAUCGGUGACCCAGUGGAGACCAUUGGCUGCGACGCCAUGGAGAGCUUGUAUUGGCUCACUCGAAUCCUCCUGCACCAGAGGGGCCGAGACAUGCAAGGGGCAGACGAGAUGUUUGGCGAGUGCCAACUGGAGCCGAGCCUGGUCCAGUGCUACAGGGACCUGGCGAGAGUUGGGGAGGUGCUGGGAAAGAUCUUGUCCGAGGAAUAAAAGAGAUCGUUCCUGCAGCGGACCAUUCUGGCAAUUCAUCAUGGGCGGAUGCACAUCAAGAGAGCUGUGCUGGUUUUCCUCUAUGCCAUCCUGGGGGAAACCAGCCUCCUGAUCGGGGACAAGGUCGGCAGGCACCUUGGGUGCAGGGAACUGAGAAAGGGCCCCUCGCCUCUGUGCCACGGCUUGUCUCUCUCCCGCAUUGCAAGGAGCAGAGAGAGGUCAUUAGCCAUGGCAGUGUGAGCUUUAGCACAAGGCAAGGUUGAUUUGCACCAUAUAGACGAACUGAAUCCAUGAGAUAUGUUUAUAAAGCCCAAGAAAACAGUGACCCGCAGGUCACGUCAGCAGAGGCUGAAGCCUGCACCUGUCUAUAAGUUGCAGAUCUCCCCUGACUUGUGAGGACACUGGCCUCCAGGCUAACGGGAAGCCUGCCAAGUGCUUUGGAGAAAACAAUAAAUUCAUCUGCCUGAGCAUGAUGGCACCUCCCUGUCCCACAGGGUGAGGGUCUCCGGCCAAGCCCAUAGAUAAAGAGCCCGUCCCCAUCAGCACAAGCUUCCCCUUCCCAGGCUCAGGUCAGGAUUGCUCAGGGGCUGCACAGGGCCCAGGUCACUACAUGGGCACCAGCGCCAGAGACUCCUAGAAGAGCUGGGCUAAGGGGGACCCCAGGAGGUCAUCUCACCCAGCCUCCUGCUCAGGGCAGGAUCAUGCCCAUCUCAAGAAAGCCGACGUGUUUGUCCCAGCUCAUCCCCCUCGCCUCGAGAACAGCGCUCAGGCACAAGGACCAGGCGUCUCACGCCUGAGACCUCGGACCCUCUAUCAGUUGCCACAGGCAGUGCAGGCAGAGGGGGCACUGGCGCUGUCCCACCACUGCCAGGGCAGGACGCAGGUGCCAAACAGCCCUCAGGAGAGCCAAGGAAGAGGGCCAGGCCCCACUGGAGGGUGAACAGGACCUCCCGUGCACCGUGCGCAGCUGAGCAGGGGGAAGCUUUCCUCCUCGGCCCAGACGUGCCCAUGGGCCUGCCCCUCCGCUGAGGCAGAGAGAGGCUAUAGAAGUUAAGAGUAGCUUUACAAUAAGAGUAACGCUAAGUUUAGAAUAAUAAUAAAGUAAGAUUAAGUUUCUUUUUCUAA